AUGCUGUACCUACCAUGCCUGUUGCUGUGGGCAUUCCCACAGGUCUGGGGACAAUCUGAAGUGCAGCAAAAGAAUUACACCUUCCGCUGCCUGCAGAUGUCUUCCUUCGCCAACAGAAGCUGGUUCCGCACAGACAGCGUGGUCUGGCUGGGGGAUCUGCAGACCCACCGCUGGAGUAACGACUCAGACACCAUCAGCUUCACGAAGCCCUGGUCCCAGGGCAAGCUCAGUAACCAGCAGUGGGAGAAGUUGCAGCAUCUGUUUCAAGUCUAUCGAGUGAGCUUUACCAGGGACAUCCAGGAAAUAGUCAAAAUGAUGGCACCUAAAGAAGACUAUCCCAUUGAGAUCCAGUUGUAUGCUGGCUGUGAACUGUACCCUGGGAAUGCUUCACAAAGCUUCUUACAUGUAGCCCUUCAAGGAGAAUAUGUCCUGAGAUUCCACGGAACGUCCUGGCAGACGGUCCCAGGGGCCCCAUCUUGGUUAGACUUACCCAUCAAAGUGCUUAACGCUGAUCAAGGGACAAGUGAAACAGUGCAGACCCUCCUGAAUGACACCUGCCCCCAGUUUGCCCGUGGCCUCCUGGAGGCAGGGAAGUCAGACCUAGAGAAGCAAGAGAAGCCAGUGGCCUGGUUGUCCAGUGGCUCCAACCCUGCACAUGGCCAUCUGAAGCUGGUGUGUCAUGUCUCUGGUUUCCACCCAAAGCCUGUGUGGGUGAUGUGGAUGCGGGGUGACCAGGAGCAACAGGGUACUCACAGAAGUGACAUCCUGCCAAAUGCUGAUGAGACAUGGUAUCUUCACGCAACCCUGGAUGUGGAGGCUGGAGAGGUGGCUGGCCUGGCCUGCAGGGUGAAGCACAGCAGUCUAGGAGGGCAGGAUAUCAUCCUCUACUGGGGUGCCGGACAAGUAUCCAUGGGCUUGAUCUUCUUGAUAGUAGCAAUACUUGUUCUAUUGUUGUGUGCUGUAGCCUUCUAUAUCAGGAAAAAGAGAAGCUCCUAUCAAGACAUCCUGUGAGUCUUCCUUGCACCUGCCUCUCCUGAAAGUUAGACCUUCCAGGUCCUAGGACUUCAGUCCUGGUCUGCUGAGGAACUGAGCAUGAAGGAG